AAACCUUUCCCCACACGACCCCCGAGCACUGCCAUCUAAGCUGACUGCAUAGACUAUAAUGCCCAAGAACAGAUCAUAGCUUGACAAAAUGUCAUGGUUACAUGGUUGGGCAGAUUGAAAGGGCUUCUUAGUUUCUGUAACUCUCAGUUUUCCAUGAUGUACAAUUCUUUCCAAGCCUGAUAACUUAACCAUCCUGAAUAUCAAAUAUUUCUACUCAAUGUUCGUUCUUUCUGAACGCAUAUCUCUCGUACAGCACACAAGCAUAUAACAUUCAUCAAACAUGUCCCGCCAGCAAGAAAAAUAUGAUCAGCAGCAACCACUCACGGGACCUGACGAGGAAUCGAUAUAUGAUUCUGAAUCAGUCGACACACUGACGCCAAUAGACAGGAGACUGCGUCAUCGUCCAACUUGGCUAUAUGUCUCUUUGAUGGUGUCUCUGACAGCUGUCGUGUUCAUAGCUGUUGGUGGCUUAAUCGGACGACAAAGCGUCAAUCUGAACAAAACUUGUGCUGCGUACACAACUCAAUACUCUCCCGUGCUUCGGAAUGUGGACAUAAAAUACGAAAUGACUCCAUUCAAUGGAUCGUUCAAGGCAGAGAACAUAUAUCGGAAAGUAGGCUCUCCAGAAGUGGAUGCAGCUUGGGAGGCACUUGGGGUCAAUUCCCGAGCAUCGAUUAUAGAUGAGUUCGAAGGCGUAGCCUCGGGGUUGUCAAAACACCACGCGCGUAGAGCGGAGAAAUACGGUGGUGGUUACUUUGUCAAUGUCGAGGGCAUGCACCAUUUGCACUGCCUCAAUCUUGUCCGUAAAGGAAUGUGGUAUAACUAUGACUAUUACAAGAAUCUUGGGGAAUGGUCUUUCAAGAACGAGGAGAAAAUCCUCCAACUUCACGCAUCGCACUGCUUGGACGUUAUUCGCCAGGUACUCAUGUGCAAUGUAGAUACUGGUGUCCUUGGACAGGUAUGGUAUGACCCAGAUGACGGUGCCAGAACCUUCCCAGACUUCAAAACACAGCACAAGUGUAAGAAUUAUGAUGCCAUUGCUCAAUGGGCAAUUGACCACCAGGCCCCACUGACAGACAGCUUACCAGCGGACUACAUGAGAGCCCCUGAUGCUGAUGAUGUAUUACCGGCGAUACCAUAGAGGUUAUGGACUUGAUUUGGAAGUUGGUUUUGUGUACAAGUAGCGUCUAACAUUUGCAUUGUUAUUAGAUGGAGUCUGUCUACGAUGACGUCAAAUAAAUUACGUCUUUGGUCUACAACAAACGCUAUUAAUGAUACGCUCUGGCUUGUGGCAUAACGCCUGUGGAUUCAUUAGCACAGCUUAAAUUCAGG